AUGCAACGUCCGUUCGAUGUCAGAGCUUAUCUAUGCAGAGCUCUCUUGGCUCAGAUCAAGCUCAUUGCUAGCUUGAUGCCAAAUCAUGGCAUGAGAGCCCUUGACAUGGUCGAUCACCGAUCUCAUCUACUCCCUGACCUUACAAGGACCUUGGACAUAUUAAUAAACGAGGUCUUGCAUCCUGUACAUGAGAUUGAGAAAUCUCGUGGUCAUACAGAAUCUUCCAUCCUGGAUGGAAUUGAACGUGUCAUUCUUACCAGAAAGAAAUUCCGUCCCAACAGCCCACCAACUGGACUUGUAUUUGAAUACCGUAAGGCGUUCAGACUUGACUGCUUAGAUCAACGAGGGUGGAUGUUGGGGAAAGCCAUUUUUGCCGGCCUUACCGUGUACGUUAAGGAAAAACUCGAGAGCGAUCCUAGAUACAUCAAGAAUGUCUAUGGACGACCGCCUCUACAUCUCGCAAUGCAUGACAAUUUCCCCAGUCCAGACAUGGUACGAUUGCUCUUACACUACAGUGCAUCUCCGAACCAAGAACAAGCCGGUACCACGCCGUGGAGCAAACUCCUCUAUGUUAUCCAGCUCGUUGAACCGGAGUCAAAGGGUGGAAGUGGUGACUGGGCUGAACUCAUAGAUGUAAUGGUUGGUGCCGGCGCUAAUCCAGAUCCCAAUCCCUUUGGCAGGGAGGAUGCAACAAUAGCAACUUUGAAAAGGUUCUGUACGCCGAGCGAUGUGGCUCGGACGCGGCAAUUGGGUGCAAAGCUUCUGCAGUCUUAA